AUGAAGUUCAUGGUCGUGUUUGUCUUUCUUGCUCUUUCAGUCAUCUGUUUCACAGAUGUUGAAGCAAGAGUUGAUGCAUCUCAUGACAUUCAGGAGCCUAACUGUCUUCCUUACCAGUCAAGAGCGUGCCCAAUUGUGUUUUUGCCUGUUUGUGGCACAGAUGGGGAAACCUAUGGCAAUGAGUGUGAGCUGUGUGCAAGAAACCGGAUUGAGGGAACUCACAUAAAGAUUGUAAAGAAACGCAUCUGCUGAAGAUCACAUUCCUGAAGGAGUGAAGGAUUAUUAUAGCAGCAAAGGCUCUUCAAGCUUUAGUUAAAUCACAAACAGCUGUCACAAAAUGAUUUGUUUCAAUAAAGGCUGGAGUUUUUCAUA